GAGGGGCGCGCAGUCCGAGCCGGCGGAGGAGGCGCCGGGCCCUGGCUGUCGGUCCGUCCCACGCGCCCUAUCCUCCGCGUGGCCAUGGCCGCGCGCCCCGCGGACCCCGCGCUCCGCUGCCUGCUGCCGCUCAUGCUGUGCUGCGCCUGGGGAGCGCUCGCCGCCGUCGCCUCGAAGCCGGGCGCAGGGUGCCCGAGCCGCUGCCUGUGCUUUCGCACCACGGUGCGCUGCAUGCAUCUGCUGCUGGAGGCCGUGCCUGCCGUGGCGCCACAGACCUCCAUCCUGGACCUUCGCUUUAACAGAAUUAGAGAGAUUCAGCCCGGGGCAUUCAGGCGGCUGAGAAACUUGAACACACUGCUUCUCAACAACAAUCAGAUCAAGCGGAUACCCAGCGGAGCAUUUGAGGACUUGGAGAAUCUGAAGUACCUCUAUUUGUACAAGAAUGAGAUCCAGUCAAUUGACAGGCAAGCGUUUAAGGGACUUGCCUCUCUAGAGCAACUGUACCUGCACUUUAAUCAAAUAGAAACUCUGGACCCAGAAUCAUUUCAACACUUACCAAAGCUUGAAAGACUAUUCUUACAUAACAACCGGAUUACACAUUUAGUCCCAGGAACAUUUAAUCACUUGGAAUCUAUGAAGAGACUUCGGCUGGACUCGAACGCACUUCACUGCGACUGCGAGAUCCUGUGGCUGGCGGAUCUGCUGAAGACCUACGCGCAGUCGGGGAACGCGCAGGCAGCGGCUACCUGCGAGUACCCCAGACACAUCCAGGGCCGCUCGGUGGCCACCAUCACCCCGGAGGAGCUGAACUGUGAAAGGCCCCGGAUCACCUCAGAGCCACAGGACGCAGACGUCACCUCAGGGAACACGGUGUACUUCACGUGCAGGGCCGAAGGCAACCCCAAGCCUGAGAUCAUCUGGCUCCGGAACAAUAAUGAGCUGAGCAUGAAGGCAGAUUCUCGCUUAAAUCUGCUGGACGACGGCACCCUCAUGAUCCAGAACACGCAGGAGACCGACCAGGGCAUUUACCAGUGCAUGGCCAAGAACGUGGCCGGGGAGGUGAAGACACAGGAGGUGACCCUAAGGUACUUCGGGUCUCCAGCACGGCUGGCAUUCGUGAUCCAGCCACAGAACACAGAGGUGCUGGUGGGUGAAAGUGUCACACUGGAGUGCAGCACCACGGGCCAGCCCGCACCUCGGAUAACCUGGACACGAGGGGACCAGACCCCCUUGCCAGCUGAUCCCCGGGUGAACAUCACCCCCUCCGGUGGCCUCUACAUACAGAAUGUCGCCCAAGAGGACAGCGGGGAGUACAUAUGCUUCGCCUCCAAUGGCGUGGACAGCAUCCAUGCCACAGCCUUCAUCAUCGUCCAGGCUCUUCCGCAGUUCACGGUGACACCUCAGGACAGAGUGGUCAUCGAGGGUCAGACAGUCGAUUUCCAGUGUGAGGCCAAAGGCUACCCCCAGCCGGUCAUCGCCUGGACAAAGGGAGGGAGCCAGCUCUCGGUGGACCGGCGGCACCUGGUGCUGUCCUCGGGCACGCUCAGGAUCUCCGGGGUGGCCCUGCACGACCAGGGCCAGUACGAGUGCCAGGCUGUCAACAUCAUCGGCUCCCAGAAGGUCGUGGCCCACCUGACCGUGCAGCCCCGAGUCACCCCAGUGUUCGCCAGCAUCCCCAGUGACCUGACGGUGGAGGUGGGGACCAAUGUGCAGCUGCCCUGCAGCUCCCAGGGUGAGCCCGAGCCUGCCAUCACCUGGAACAAGGAUGGGGUUCAGGUAACAGAAAGUGGAAAAUUUCACAUCAGCCCCGAAGGAUUCCUGACCAUCAAUGACGUGGGACCAGCGGACGCAGGUCGCUAUGAGUGCGUGGCCAGGAACACGAUCGGCUACGCCUCCGUCAGCAUGGUGCUCAGUGUGAGCGUUCCUGAUGUCAGUCGAAAUGGGGACCCAUUUGUCGCUACCUCCAUUGUUGAAGCGAUCGCAACCGUGGACAGAGCCAUAAACUCAACUCGAACACACUUAUUUGACAGCCGGCCACGCUCUCCCAAUGACCUUCUGGCCCUCUUCCGGUACCCGAGGGACCCAUACACUGUGGGACAGGCCCGAGCUGGAGAGAUCUUCGAGCGGACGCUGCAGCUCAUCCAGGAGCACGUGCAGCACGGACUGAUGGUCGACUUAAAUGGCACAAGUUACCACUACAACGACCUGGUGUCCCCACAGUACCUGAGCCUCAUCGCCAACCUCUCAGGCUGCACCGCGCACCGGCGUGUGAACAACUGCUCAGACAUGUGCUUCCACCAGAAGUACAGGACCCACGACGGGACCUGCAACAACCUGCAGCACCCAAUGUGGGGCGCCUCGUUGACUGCUUUCGAGCGCCUGCUGAAGGCGGUAUAUGAGAACGGCUUCAAUACGCCACGUGGCAUCAGCCCCCGGCGGUUCUACCACGGCCACGCGCUGCCCAUGCCGCGCCUGGUGUCCACCACGCUCAUCGGGACGGAGGUGGUCACGCCCGACACGCAGUACACACACAUGCUAAUGCAGUGGGGGCAGUUCCUGGACCACGACCUGGACUCCACCGUGGUGGCCCUGAGCCAGGCCCGCUUCUCUGACGGGCAGCCCUGCAGCUCGGUGUGUGGCAGUGACCCACCCUGCUUCUCCGUCAUGAUCCCCCCCGACGACCCUCGUGCCCGAAGUGGAGCCCGCUGCAUGUUCUUUGUGCGCUCCAGCCCCGUGUGUGGCAGCGGCAUGACGUCCCUGCUCAUGAACUCCGUGUAUCCGCGGGAGCAGAUCAACCAGCUUACCUCCUACAUCGACGCGUCCAACGUGUAUGGCAGCACGGACCAUGAGGCCCGUGCCAUCCGGGACCUGGCCAGCCACCGCGGCCUGUUGCGCCAGGGCAUUGUGCAGAGGUCCGGGAAGCCGCUGCUACCCUUCGCCACAGGGCCACCCACUGAGUGCAUGCGGGAUGAAAACGAGAGCCCCAUCCCCUGCUUCCUGGCCGGGGACCACCGUGCCAACGAGCAGCUGGGCCUGACCAGCAUGCACACGGUCUGGUUCCGUGAACACAACCGCAUCGCGGCUGAGCUGCUGGCCCUGAACCCGCACUGGGACGGGGACACCAUCUACUAUGAGACCCGCAAGAUCGUGGGUGCCGAGGUCCAGCACAUCACCUACCAGCACUGGCUGCCCAAAGUGCUGGGCGAGGUGGGCAUGAAGAUGCUGGGUGAGUACCGCAGCUAUGACCCCAGCGUCAACGCCGGCAUCGUCAACGCCUUCGCCACCGCUGCCUUCCGCUUCGGCCACACGCUGGUCAACCCCUUGCUCUACCGGCUGGACGAGACCUUUAAGCCCAUCGCGCAGGGCCACAUCCCCCUGCACAAGGCCUUCUUCUCGCCCUUUCGCAUCGUGAACGAGGGCGGCAUCGACCCGCUGCUGAGGGGCCUGUUCGGCGUGGCCGGGAAGAUGCGCGUGCCCUCCCAGCUGCUGAACACGGAGCUCACCGAGCACCUCUUCUCCAUGGCGCACACGGUGGCCCUCGACCUGGCCGCCAUCAACAUCCAGCGUGGCCGCGACCACGGCAUUCCCCCCUACCACGACUACCGCGUCUACUGCAACCUCUCGGCCGCCCACACGUUCGAGGACCUGAAGAACGAGAUCAAGAACCCCGACAUCCGGGAGAAGCUGAAGAGGCUGUACGGCUCCCCACUCAACAUCGACCUGUUCCCAGCCCUCAUGGUGGAGGACCUGGUGCCCGGCAGCCGGCUGGGGCCCACGCUCAUGUGUCUGCUCAGCACGCAGUUCCGACGCCUGCGGGAUGGGGACAGGCUGUGGUACGAGAACCCCGGGGUGUUCUCCCCCGCCCAGCUGACACAGGUCAAGCAGACCUCGCUGGCCCGGAUCCUGUGCGACAACUCGGACAAUAUCACACACGUGCAGGCGGAUGUGUUCAGGGUGGCCGAGUUCCCGCAUGGCUAUGGCAGCUGCAAGGACAUCCCCAGGGUGGACCUCCGCAUGUGGCAGGACUGCUGCGAAGACUGCAGGACCCGGGGGCAGUUCAAUGCAUUUUCCUACCACUUCCGAGGCAGACGGUCCCUGGAAUUCAGCUACCAGGAGGACCAGCCGGCCAGGAGAACCAGGCCUCAGAGGGGACUGAGUGUCGGAAAACACAGCAAACACAAGGGCAACACCUCGGCGGCACUCUUUGAGCACUCAGAAGGCCUGGCCACAAACGACUUCAAAGAAUUUGUCCUGGAAAUGCAGAAGACCAUCACAGAGCUCAGAAAGCAGAUAAACAAGCUUGAGUCCCGGCUCAGCGCCUCGGAGUGCGUGGACAUGGACGGCGAGUCGCACACCAACAACACAAAGUGGAAAACGGAUGCCUGCACCACAUGCGAGUGCAAAGACGGGCAGGUCACCUGCUUUGUGGAAACCUGCCUGCCAGCCUCCUGCCCAGCGCCCAUGAAAGCCGAAGGCACAUGCUGUCCAGUCUGCCCAAGGGAAACCCCGGAGGAGAAGCCCUAGGCACUGGUGAAGCCCCUCGGGUCAUCUUCAUGUCUUCGGGAGAUGGCAUGGCCGACAGCAAGGACCAAAGGCUACACCAGGACUGAGACCCGCCAGGACCUCCAGCCAGGUCUCAGGGUACAGUACAGGCUGCUCAGGCCCGUGUCCAUGCCAAGGAAACAGAGCAGACAGGAAGGGGGCAGACACGUCCUCACUACGUGUCAGACUUCUCAGGUUUUUAUUUAAUUCUUUCAACAUGAAAAUUGGUGCUACCAUUCAAUUGCACAGUUCUAUCUUUAGGCUCCUAAAUUGACUCAAGCUCCUGAGAAUCCCUUUUCAUUGGAGCAGGGUCCCUCUGCAUGAGCCUUGUGCCUGUGUCUGGGGCCAGGAGGUCAGGCAGGCGGCACCCAUCCUGUGAAAGGAGUCCUGGCAACAUCUGGGUGACAUCACAGGCUACACUGAAAAAGAAAAUCCACUUUUGGCAAAAGGAACAGGAUCUUUGAAGAGAGCGUUUUACUGGGACACUCGGGUCCCUGCUCCUCCUCCCUGUCUGCCCUCUUCCCACUGUGGGGUCUCUCACAUUUCUCAGCUCAUCACCAUUUAACAGAGCCGUUGUUCCUCCCCCGACGCCAGUCCUGCUCCUUGCACACGUGACUGUCACAUUAUUAAGCCACAUUUAGAAAUGGGCUUGUUUCCACCCAGCGUGCCCCCGGCCAGCCUGCCUGUGACCCGGACAUGGAGCCUCGUUCCGUGUCACGUGUGGCAACUUCCAGUGACCACGUGCUUGGCAGGCAGUCUGCAGCCUGGAUGUCCAUCCAUCCCCGACCGUGGCACGCACGCGCAAGACCCACCCUCCUGAUCUUCCCCAGGUGACAACGCAGGGGGAGCUCGACAGUGAGGAACUCUGUAACUUCACAUUGUGUGAACCCUUUUUAAAAAAUCAAUCCCUAUACCUCAUGUGUACUUUUCAAAGGCAUCAUGUUUUUUGAAAAUUUACCCAUUUUUUUUCAGGUGUGGACUAUGGCAGAAAAAUCAUUUCCACUCUGCAAAAGUUGUUUGAGAAUUUAGUGAAAACCAACUAUCAUACCUCAUGGUCUGUCUUUUUAAUUGACCAAAACCUUCCAUUUUGUCCUGAAAACAAGGCAAUCUGUGUUCUGAGGGACAUUCCCCCCGAACAUGCAAGUUUUGAUCAACACUCAUUUAUUUGCCCAUGAGCCCUGUGUGCCAGGCACUAUGAGUACCCCAGAUGCCAGCACAGGGACCAUCUGCCCAGGAGAUAAAGACCCUGAAGGCACAAGUGUCAUAGUGAGACAUUACCCGUUGGGAACAGCAGCUGGCACAUACGGGCACUUGAGAGUGUGGUGUGAUUUGGGUGUGAUGUCCAUGCUCUGAUGAGCUCCCUUCCCACAGAAAGGGACAUCAGAAGCUGAGUGUGCAAGCCACUGAGAGUGAGCAGCCUACAGUGGCUUCCUCGAGGGUGUGUAUCUUGAGUUCUUAUCUGCACAUUGCUAAGUGGUAAAUAAAACCUGCUUGGUGUUUCCUGGGCCGGGCACUUCUUUUGAAAUAUUAAAUCAAACUUGGCGAUCCAAAUCUUGGGAGAGAUUUCUGUAAAGUAGGCAACAUAUGAGUCUGUCAAAAUGGGAUGGUAUGAAAGUUGCUCAAGUGUAAGAGUGACAGCAGAGUCUGUUCUGGGGUGCUUUGCUGUCUCGUGUGUGCCUGGGGGCGCCUGAGGCCUCUCGAUUUUGACAGCACGCACACUGGUAGAGCAGCCAGUGGGCAGGUAGGUGUCUGGGGUUCUCAGUCUCUAAACAAAAGAGGGGAAGCUGACUGUGAUUUACAUCAAAUUCUGUAAUUCAACCCAAAAUGCCCGAGAGUCACCACUUUGAUGAUGUUGUAUCCUCAUACCAAGACAGGGGCAGUGCCUGGUCAUGAACUCUUCUUAGCAGCCACUGUGAGGGGAUUGCUGUAACAGGAAGCAAAGUGUACAUAUUUAUUUACUUUUCUAACCAUUGCUGACAGCCAAGUGCCUUUUUUUAUGUUCAUUGUAUUCAGUACUUUACCAAAGAGACAUUUGCACUAUGUAACGAUGCCUUUCGGUUUAAAUAAAAGGGCCACCUUGUCAAGUGGA